ACGACGAACGCACCACUCACAAUUCACAAUAAGAGCGAUGUAUCGUCUGAUUCGAUAGCGUUGUCGUAACUCGACGGAGUGAAAUACGCCGAUGAGCGAUGCUACGAAAUUUAACGGAAAGGACAAAACUUAUUUAUUAUCGAUCAAUGUGUCUCCCUGGUCUGGAAUUAUAAAAGUGUGUUUCGAAAUCGAGUGAGCAAUUGUUAAAAAUGUGGAGUCCGACUCACGUUCAAGUGACAGUUCAACGAGCCAAAGGCCUCUUAACAAAAGGGAAAAACAAAACGAACGACUGUUUCGUAACGAUCGCACUUGGGAAGGAAAAGUACCAAACAUCGGUGAAGGAAAAAGCAACCGAAAGCGUCGAAUGGCACGAGGAAUGCGAACUUCAGAUACCGCAGCAGGGCAACACUGCGGAAGUAGUCCUCACGGCGCUGCAUCGCAAUUUCCUGGGCGUCGACGAGUUUCUAGGCACCGUAAGCAUACCCCUCUCGAGCUUCGACGUCUACGAGAGGCCCAGAAAUAGAUGGUACACGCUCGGACAUAAACCAGGCAAAGAGAACACGAAGGAGAGAGGAGAGCUCGAGGUGAAAAUCGGUUUCAUAGUUAAAGCUGGAAGCCUUACGGAUCUGACGAGAAAAGAGAGGCACAAGAGUUCUCUGGGACAGUUGUCGACAGCUGCACAAUCGAUAGGCGGGAGCUUACUCAGCAUCGGAAGUUUGGAGAAGCGAAAGGGGCUGAAAAAGUUCGCCAAAUCUAUUGGCAAUCGGGUCAAAGGCAAGAGCAAAAAUAAAUUAAACGACGAGGAGCUCGACGAGAGAGCGGAACAUCAAAUCAGGCCCUCGAAACAAGGCCCUGGCGAAGCUGAUCCCGGUGUCAUCAGCGAGGACGAGGAUGAAUUCACGUUUGACGAUUUGUCUCAUAAGAGUUCAGCAUCUUCUCUGAAUGCACCGGCUCUCAGUGGCUCGACAGGAAUAUCAAAUUACAGUCCCAUUAUUUCGAGCAAGACGAAUUCAAAGUCUCACGUAACGAGCGAACCGAUCGUCACACCUCCAGCUCCGACGAACGCCGCACCUAAUAAACCGCCACGUUUCACCUCCAAUAGUCCCAACAACGCGAAUACGAAAAACGAGAAUCAGGAGGACGAGUGGGGCCGUAAAUUAUAUGGAAUACAAACGAAUAAUCUCCUAAAGAGGUGGGACAACAACAAGCCGAGUCCAAAAAUAAUAAUCGACGAGCCGCGGGACGCCCGAGAAGAUUCGCCAGCAGGUUCGCCCCAGCCGACGUCUCGAUUACGAGACACACCGGAACCGCCGAGUCCGGCUCCUCGAGAAAUAAUAAGUUUCAAACGACUGAAGGACGACAAGCCACCGCCAAAGGACAAAAGCCCUAAGGACGAGAGAUCGAUCGUCAGGGAAAAAAGUCCAAAGGAGGAAAAAGUCUCAAAGAAGGAUAAGAAGAAGGAGAAGGAACAGAAAUUCAAGGACGUUAUCGAAGAAGGCCAUCCGUCGUCGGAGAGGAUAAUCAUUGGUGGAGAGGACGCCAUGAAAAAUACAAAUAACAAAAGUAGAUUGCCCCACGAAGUUCUUCAACAGUUCGAGGGAAAAUCUCGUGAGGAUUUGAUCGAACUGACGCUACAGUUGCAAACGGAAGUGGUCGAUAAGAAGAAGCGAUUGGCGGAUCUGGAGGAAUACAUAGACGCCUUAUUGCUCCGCGUGAUCGAAUCGUCGCCGCGUUUGUUGCAGAAUCCAUAUCAGUCUAGGAGACUAUCAUCUCCUGGACGUCAAUGUUAGAGAACUUUUUGCCUGUUAUCAGUACGAAACAAAGAGCGAGCAAGCGGAUGAAAAACAAAAAACGAAAGUCUGAGAGGUUGAAAAAACUGGCUGACGACAAGUAUUUUCCCGAUAUUACCGAAAAAGGAACAAAUGCCUCCGAGUGUCGUUAUAAUUUUUAUUUGUACAAACUUGACGAUAUCAGUGAUGAAAAAGAAACAACAAAAAUUAAGUAAGUCACUGAUCGAUCCCAAGGGCCGAAUACGUCGAAGAGCUCGAAGUGUUGAACUAAAAACGAAUUAAGCAAAAAAUACUCCCACGUCUUCCUAACGCAGAGAAAUUAAAAAUGGCGGCUAUUUUUUUUCAUAAUUAUUCGAUAUUCGCGCCCGGUCUCUUCGCUCCCUUCAAUAGAGAUAAAUAUCUCCGUCCAAUUGUCUUAUGUUCGGUUUUCCAAAGAAGAUCAUCCCUUUUUUCCUGUUAUUACCAUUAUUAUUUUUCCAUUAUUUUUAUUAAUUAUUAUUAUUGCAUGAUUAACAUUUAGGAGAAAUGUCGAAAACGCAUCGCUAACAAUGAUCGCGAAGCCUGAUUAUUCAUGUGCCCGAAAAUCAAUACAUUGUGUGCCUUACGCAUUGAGCAUGCAUUGAUUUAUAAAUAUUGAUAUAUAUACACACUAUACGCAUUGUUAAUUAUUUACUAUUCACUAUUGCCAAAUACAAUGUUGUGAGGUGAAAAAAGAA